AUGGACUGUUCAGAAGAUGACGAAAGGUUGCGAACAACGUACAGAAGAGUGCGUUUUGACACUGUGGCUUCCACCACUGGAGAUUUGCAGGGUCACUCUGCAAAAUUCGGCAAGUCCGUCUCGUUUGAUACAGUUCCCUCCGUUUUGGGAUCCUCGAAUUAUGAGGGUAGUUUCCAAGGGGUCAGGUUACCGUCGCGGUUUGACGCCUGGGAGAUGGAUCAAAUAUCUGACAAUGGUAUCAUAUUCGAUGACGUCGUUUCAAAAUUUCACCAUCUCUCGAACAACAUGGAUAAACUGUUCAUCGUAACCCCGGAGGGGAAAGUGGUCAGAAGAGAUUAUCCCAGCACGCCAAUGAUCACUAACGAUUCGAUGAUUCUAAUGCAGGUCCACGAUCAGUGGCGCAGUGAUUGGGAAACAAAGCGGGAGAAAUUGGUCACAAAUUGGAACCGCAUUCAAGAGAGACAAGGUAUCUCACAGUACAAGACCCGCGGUGGUAUCGGUACGGGGCUCAAGGCGAGGAAGCUAAGGCUGGUGAAUUCGCAGCUCGAAAAUGACUACAUGCCAAGGACCGUGGUGUGCAAUAUCAGUGGUAGAAGGCACACAUGGGUGGCCCUAGAUUGGACACUAGAUAGACUGGCCAAGAAUGGUGAUCAUAUCAUUGUAGUGGCAAACCUCCCGAAACUAACAAAGACCAACACAACGCAAGCAUAUGACCUGUACCCUUGGGGGGAUACAGGGUACUCGGCGGCAGACGUUUUCCCAGCAUGUUUGAACAUUUUAGAGUAUUCCAAAUUCCUACUUUCUAAAAGCAACAAGCACGUUAAAAUUACUAUCGAAGUCUCUGUUGGUAAAACCAAAAAAAUCUUGCUCGAUGCAGUCAACUUAUACCAUCCAAAUGCACUUGUAGUGGGGACGACAAAAUGGGAAAGAACGGAUACUUUGGUAGAAAAGAAAUCCAAUUGCUUGAAGGACAAGUUGUGUCUUUACUGCCCAAUUCCAGUGUUUAUUGUCCCCGCUAAAAGAAUGUACGUAUUUGAACAUGAGCUCCAAAUCAAAUACUCUACAAGUAAGCCACUGCCUCGAACUACGCCAUUGCCAAAUUUUACUCUCAACUCUUCUGACUCCUUCAGCACAGGUCAUUCAACUAAAGUAAAUACCAGUUCUAAAAUAGUUAGGGCAAUCGACUCAAAGGGGAACGACGACGUAGAUGAUGCUGCCGUUGUGGACAAGCUAUACUCUGUGGCAAGAAAAUACAGGAGAGUGAUGAGACAGCAGAUCUCCGAGAACAAAUUGGACAGAUCACUUACAGCAUCGAAAAGACACUUGCUGGAUUUGGACAUCAUAAUAGAUACCUCUACUAAAUGCUCCAUUGAAAUCGACACUCUACCGCAGACGGAACAUGACGCCCCAUACAAUCAGAACGACGAUCUUCUGAAGGGGUUUGGAAAGUUGAAAAGAGUUAUAACAGGCGGGACUCCAGUGUACCGUUCAAACCCUAGACCUAUGAUAGAUAUGGUGGGGACGAGAGGGGAUGCGGAGAGACGUUCCAAAACAAGGGUAUCUCAAAUCAAGUUUGCGCCUGCAGCAAAACAGAAAGACGGCUUAGGUGGGUUGGGGAGGAAAACCAAAGAAGUUGAUACGAAUAGCAGGAAGAAGAAGAAGAAAAAAAGGAAGGAUAAAAUCUCACAAAAGUUGGGUAGUACCAGCUCGAAAAUGUCAGCCAUUAGUGGGGGUCUGACGAGUACCACCUCUCAUGAAACAACAGGUAGUAAGAGACUCUCUGUGUUUAAAAGUAACAAGACAUUUUCAAGUAGAAGGGGUAGCAGCAGCAGCGAUAAAUCAACAGCCAGUACAGAGAGUAGCACCAGGAAAAGCUUAUCCAAAUUAUUCGGUUUUAAGUAA